GCCGCGCAUGGGCUCACGCAACCCAUCCGAUCAUCCGAUCUUCUGGUGUGACGAGCUGAAGCGUUUGGAGCGUAAGCGCAUCGCCGAUGAGAGCCUGCGGGACUGGAAAAACCGGAAGCUGAUCGAGCGGCGAUCCCGUGCGAAGGAGCAAUCCCAUUUUCCACUCUUCCAGUACCGGGAAGUGAUGGAGCGUUACUCGCCGUGGGGACGGAAGGGAGGCGGUGCACCGAACGAUACGAUUCGCAUGCGCAACAUACAGCUGCAGGGUCUGUACCCGGAGACGAAGAAUGAUCUCCGGAAUCCGGUAUCGGUGGGACGCACGCGGGGUGUCGGUGCGGGCGGUGGUGGAGCACCGAUCCGUAGCGCGUCCGGCCAGAUCGUGACCGGGCUGACGGACGAUCCGAUCAUCAGCUUCAACGACGCCAACCGGUACCACGUGGAUAACGAGCUGCGGUACAAAACGUCCCCGGCCCAGAAGCAAACGUACCGGGCGGAGCUGGACCGGAUCGUGGCGGAGAAGGAAAAUCGGGCGCGCAAAACGCGCAGCACCGAGCUGGCCGACUGUCAGCCGCAGGCGGGCGGUGGGACGGGCCGACCGAACGGUGGCCCCUGGGGGAAGCCGGGCCCGGGCGGGAAACCGUGGCGUCCGCCGAAGAAUGUCGGCCACAACUUCAUGAAGUCGAUGGGCUGGACGAACAAGGAGACGCUGCAGGAUCUUGACCUGGAGCUGGUGAACCGGAUGCAGCGCCAGCUGGAGGAGGAGAACCGCUUCCUGAAGCGCUUCUCCAACUGCUGCUCACGGUGCGUCUGUCAGUGCAUCAGCAACAGCCUGGAGCAGGGGCCGGCCCUGGGCGGCAGUGCCGGUGCGGGCCGGGACGCGAUCAAAUAUCACCCAUCACCACCUGCAACGGCACCGGGUUUGCAGGCGCUGCCAGCACCGCCACCACCACCACCACCACCACCACCAGGGGCGCGUGUUCCGAGACUCUGCAAUCAAAGUCAGCAGCAGCAGCAGCAGCAGCAGCAACAGCAACAACAGGCAGGGGCAGGGGGUGGGCGGCGCAAUGGCGGGCGGGUUCCGCCGACGCGCAACUGUAUGAUAACAGGUGGCGUGGAGUUGGUGCCACUGCUCGCCAAACGGCGCUCCCAACCACGUCCCAUCAGCCUCGGGACAACCGACGUCACCAAGAUUGAUAAGUACACCGCAAACGGCAGCUUGGCCCGCCGCACCGACGACGGCUACCUGACCGACCUGUGCAAUCAGAUGAGCCAGAAGCAGCGCAAGGUGGAAACGGUGCGGGCGAUGGAGUUCGAGACGAGCCGGCAGCAUUUCGAGACGUGGAGCUCGUUCUGGGGCCGGCCGGGCCACGGUGCACCGCUGCCGAACAAGAACAAGCUCAACCUGGACAAUCUGCUUUACAAAUCGCGCCGCUAAAGCAGAAUCUGU